AUGGAGUUCGCCACCGGGAGCGGGAGCGUGCGCGAUCUGCCGCCGUCCAAGCGGUUCAAGUACGUCCGCUCCAGUCUCGGAUUGGUGCCGUGCCUGCCGGCGAAGAAGCGCUUGUGCCCGCCGAUGACGGGGACGGCGGGAGUCCCCGUUUGCCUCCCGGCGAAGAAGCGAGCUUAUGCGGCGGCGGCGGUGGAGGAGGGCGAUUUUGCUCUGUGCCUUCCCGCCAAGAAGCGGUCCUACGUGCCACCGGUGGAUGAUGUCGUCACGCCGGUGUGUCUUCCGGUUAAGAAACGCGCGCACGCGUCGCCACCGCCGCCGCCGCCGCCGGGUGCUUCUCCCCGCGUCCCGUCCAAGGAGGGCGUCGACGCGCUGGCGCCGCCGCCGCCGCUGCCGGAGAAGGCUGACGUUUCUCGUAGCAUCCCAAUCCCGGCUAAGGAUCGCGUCCCCGCGCCUCCGCGGGAGAAGGCGGCUGCUUCGCCUAGCAUCCCCGUCCCGGUCAGGACGCGCGUCCACGCGCCGCCGCCACAGGGUACUGAUGCUUCUCCCCGCGUCCCAUUCAAGGAGCUCGCCGUCAACAUUCUGCCGCCGCCGAGAAACGCCACCAUUCCUCCGAGCAUCCCGGCCAAGAAGAGCGCCCGCGCUCCGCCGUCCCCGAAUGGCACUGCCGCUCCGGUCUCGGUUUGCCUACCGAGCAAUAAGCGCGUGAUGCCGCCGUUUCUGCCGCCGUCGCCGCCUCCAUCCGUCAAUUCAGAUGAGCCUCGCGCCGCCGCCGUCAAAGAAGCCAAGCCCCAAGGUUCUAGUAAACGAGGCGGUGCCAUCACCAAUCCUGGAUCGGCAAAUGGUGUAGAAGAUCACGCGAGAGCUGAAGCAUCCAAGAUGCCCGAGAAGCCAAUCAAUCCUGAAGUAAUCAAGGAGCAGGUGUUGAAGAAAUCAAGAUCAAGCACUGACACAGAAUCGAAAGAUCAAGAGUGCAAGCAAUCCUGCAAGGUCAUCAGUGCAACGCAAUCUGAAGGAAUUGAAGUAGAAGCACCCAAGAAAGCUUGCAAUGCGAUUGAUCUCAACGAAGCAGCACGCGACGAGGACUCCUGGGAGGAGGAAGAAGUGGCGCGAGACCCAAAACAAGAAGGCGUGGCAGCGGUGGAGGAGGAGGAGGAAGACGACGGCGUGCACUGCGCGGUGUGCGGGAGCACCGACGGCGACCCGUCGGACCCCAUCGUGUUCUGCGACGGGUGCGACCUCAUGGUGCACGCCUCCUGCUACGGCAACCCGCUUGCCCACUCCAUCCCCGACGGCGACUGGUUCUGCUCCGUCUGCUCCGCCGCCAAGGCGAGAUCCACCACCACCACCACCUCCAAGAAGACCAAGCCGUUCCGCCCACGCUGCUGCCUCUGUCCGGCGAGGGGCGGCGCGAUGAAGCGCACGACGGACGGGCGAUGGUCGCACAUCGCGUGCGCUCUGCUGGUGCCGGAGGUGUUCUUCCGCGACCCCGACGGCCGCGACGGCGUCGACUGCUCCCGCGUGCCGGCGCACCGGUUCGCCACGGAGUGCUACGUCUGCGAGAGCAGCAGGGGCUGCGCGCUCGAGUGCUCCCAGCCCAAGUGCGGCCUCGGGUUCCACGUGUCCUGCGGCCUCGACGCCGGCCUCUGUAUCGAGUACCAGGAGGCCAAGGCCGGCGGCGGUGGCGUCGUCGCCGGCUUCUGCUUGGAGCACACCAAGCUCUGGGAAAAGCAACAACUCACCGGCAAGUACAGGAUUGUGUCAAGAGGGAAGAAAUGACAAGGGAUGAAAGUUACCUGAUAAUCAGUUUCCUUAGGAUUUGUUCCUGUGAUUUGUGCAUGAAUUUGGAAGUAAUUAGAUUUAGAAUUUUAGUGGAAUUUAUGGUUUGGAGGCUUCAUUAGUUUUAUAUCUAUCUUUGUUGUACUCAAUUUUUUAGUUAGCCUUUUUUUAUUUUGUUUUUGAAUUGCUUUAGUUGGAAUAAGAAUUGGUAUCUGUAUUUCUGCGCAAUAGCUACCAUUAUGUGAUGCCAACAUUGAAAUGACCUGGAAUUCUCAAACUGUUUUA